GUUCAAUGUUACGAAUAGUAGCUAUAGUUACGAUAUUCAACGCCCAAUUUGAUAUCAUACUUGGAAAAGAUGUUUCGGAACGCAGCACAACAGAGCAAUCCUACUAUCAGCUAAAUCCUUUUCAAAACAGCUACCACUAUGGCUACGAGGUGGGCCCCGACGGUCACUUCCACCACGAGCGUCGCGGCCAGGACGGAGUUACGUACGGAUGCUACGGGCACGUUGAUCCCAACGGAAAGCUCCACGUGACGCACUACGUAGCCGAUUCCCGUGGAUACCGGGUGGUUGAGCCGAACAAACCGGUGCAGAUUUAUCUGGAGGAUGAACCGGAUUGGGAUGGUUAUGGCUCUGGGCAGCGCGAGACGGUACGACCUUGGACGGCGAUAUUCUUGCCGAGGGGUUGUGGUAGAUACGGUUCUGGAGAGAGUACUGAUCCACCGGAGCUUAUUUAUCGUCCUCCGGGGGUCGUGAGUACCACCGUGAGACCUGCAUCGAGUACGACGAGAAGAACUACCACGAUGACGAGCAGACCACCUUGGACAACGAGACCUCCAAACUCGACACCGGUUAUUUUGACACCAGAUCCUCCAGUGCAGAGUACUUCAAGACCUAGUAGACCACCAACUCAAGCGUCAACGACUCGAAGUCCUACUAGUAGUCUUUCAACUACAAAAUAUCCCACCACCACUAGGUAUCCAUCUACUACAACUAGACGUUCUACAACGACAGGAUAUCCAAUGACUUCUACCCAUCGUCCUAAGCCUACGGUGAAUCCCAUCACUUCUACGAGCUAUCCAGUGACCACAACGGUACAACCUGCGUGGACUUCUACAACCCGGAGGGCUACAACGACGUACAGAACAAGCAGUACAACGACGCGACGACCCGGAACAACGGUACCCCCUGACACAACACCAGUUAUUCUGACGCCUGAACCUCCAUUGUUCAGUACAACAAGACCUAGCAGACCUCCAACAUAUUCUACCACUACAACUCGAAGACCGACGACAACAACUGGGCAUCCUGCUACUACAACUAGAUAUCCAACAAGUACAAGUAAAAGGCCUCCGUCUACGACCAGGUACCCAGCUAGUACUACAAGACAUCCUGUUACGAACUAUCCAACAUCAACUACAACCAGAUCCACAACAAGGCUUCCGACAACGAAAACGAAAAAGCCAUCUCACACGACACAUUAUCCUUCCUCAACAACAAGACGUCCAGCGACAUCUUCCUCAAAACCAACGCAUACAACAAGUCAAACCAUGAAACCUCCAGUAUUCGUUACCUCAACUGCUCCACCGAGACCUUCGUCGACUAGGACUACCACCAAGCGACCAGUAACAGCUUCUUCUCCGCUACCUCCAACGACAACGGAAGAUUCCACUGGACUACAUCUCAACCUGACAAUUCCCAAGCCAACCAAUCGACCCGGAAUGGGACCAUCACCAACUCCCAUCCCAACUCAACCGGAAACUCCCCCUCGCUGCCCAUCACCACCGGUGUACUACUUCGUCCCGUACCAACAUCCAGCCCCACCCGGAGUUCCGUCCUUCCCUUGUGGCAACUGCACCUCCAACCGAGGCUACCUCGGACUAGCUCCCGUUAUCUACAUCCCGAACGAACUUGCCUCCCAGUACGGAUUGAAACCGAUCCGACGCAACGCCAUCAUCAACAUCAACACCAAACCGACGACGACCCGGAAGCCUCCGACCACAACGACUAAACCAACAACUUCAACGAAUCAGUGUCCAUCCCCUAAAGUGUACUACUACGUGCCGUAUCCGUACUCGGCACCGGCUAGUGUUCCGUCAUUGCCGUGUGACGGAUGCAGGUCAAACCGUGGCUAUCUUGGGCUGGCGCCGGUCAUCUACGUGCCAAGCGAGUUGGCACCACUGCUUGGGUUGGACCCGGAUGGGAGGAGACUGUCUGGGGGAGGGGUGAUUUUGGAAGUGUUGCCGAUGGAUUUGAAAAGUUAUAUAGGUACAUGGAUGUAA